AUGGCGCCGAAAAGCAGUCAAUCGUCCCAGAAGAGUACCCAGCCGACAAUAUCGAGCUUCUUCACGCGCAAGCCGGCGCAACCCCCCAAAGCUGCUGCUACCACUUCUGCCGCUCCCGCUGCCACUCCCGCAUCUCCACCAAGAACAAAGUCUCCGCCCGCCACCAACGGCACGACCCAGAAAGACGAUAGUGACGAUGACGAAGAAGAUGGUCUUCCAAUAAGGGCGCCUCUUACUCUCCGUAAGCGCGCAGUACAUGACGAUGAUCAACCACAAGACUCAGGUCGGUCCUCGCCUUCCAAACGCGUUCGCUUCACCAAAAAUGCCUCUCCGCAACAAUCACCUACGCACACAUCCGUCACUACCUCGGGUACAUCGAAACCCCCCAGAAUUACCGACAGAACCUCCAAGUUUCUGUUCUCCUCAUCACCAGCGAUUCAAGAUGAGAACAAACCAGACGACGACGAUGAGGAUGAGGAAGAUGCCGCUGCUGCCCAGAAGCAAAAGGAGAAGCUACACGAGAAGUUUGUGAAGAAGCUGGGUCGGCCUGAUAGCUUUGCUGAGCUGCGAAGGCGGAACAAGAUCAUUUCAGAGGAUAAUGCCAAUGAGGAAGAGGGCGAAGGCGACGAAGAUGACGAAGAAGAGCCCCCGCCAAAGCCUGUCAAGGGCAAAAAAGCCGUCGCCACAAAAAAGGCCAGCAAGUUGACGCCUAUGGAAAUCCAAUAUCUCGAUAUCAAGCGCAAGCACCUCGACACUGUCAUCAUUAUGGAGGUUGGAUACAAGUACAAGUUCUUUGGUGAAGACGCAAGAAUCGCAUCGAAGGAGCUAGGAAUCGUUUGCAUACCAGGAAAAUUUCGCUACGACGAGCACCCUUCUGAGGCGCACUUGGACAAAUUUGCGUCUGCGAGUUUUCCCACCCAUCGCCUGCAAGUCCAUGUCAAACGUCUUGUACAGGCAAACCACAAAGUGGGUGUGGUGCGCCAGGUCGAAACAGCAGCGCUCAAGGCGGCUGGCAACAACAGAAACGCACCAUUUGUUCGAAAACUCACAAACCUUUACACCAAAGGCACAUAUGUAGAUGACGUGGAAGGCCUGGAAACACCAACCGAGGGUUCAGGUGCUAGUGCACAGUCGACUGGAUAUCUGCUUUGCAUCACCGAGAGCAAUGCCAAGGGUUGGGGUACAGACGAGAAGGUCCAGGUCGGACUGGUAGCUGUACAACCGGCAACAGGCGAUAUCAUCUACGAUGACUUUGAGGACAGCUUCAUGCGUAGCGAGAUCGAGACGCGCCUGCUCCAUAUUGCGCCAGCUGAAUUUCUGGUGGUUGGUGAUCUGUCCAAAGCUACCAAUAAGCUGAUAGAACACCUCUCAGCCAGCAAGACCAAUGUAUUUGGAGACAGGUCACGAGUGGAGAGGGUGGAGAAGCCCAAAACAAUGGCUGCACAAGCCUACAGUCACAUCUCGAACUUCUAUGCAGGUAAAAUGAAAUCCAGUGCAGACGCUGAUUCAGAAAAGCAAGGUGCGGUCCUAGACAAGGUGCAUCAACUAUCAGAGCACGUUACUAUAUGUCUAUCUGCCAUGAUUACAUACCUCACCGAGUACGGGCUGGAACAUGUCUUCGAUCUUACCAAGUAUUUUCAGCCCUUCAGCGCACGAUCAUACAUGCUGCUCAACGGAAACACAUUGUCCAGUCUGGAGAUUUACCAAAACCAGACAGACUUCACUUCAAAAGGCAGUCUGUUCUGGACCAUGAAUCGGACAAAGACUCGCUUCGGACAACGGCUGCUCAGGAAAUGGGUUGGUCGACCACUGAUUGAUAAAGCCAAGUUGGAAGAGCGCAUUGCGGCUGUUGAAGAGCUCAAGGAAGGCGAACACACCAUACCCGUGGAUAAAUUGAGGUUUGUGUUGGGAAAGAUCAAGACUGAUCUUGAGAAAGUCCUCAUCCGGAUAUACUACAAGAAAUGCACGAGACCUGAACUCCUAUCAGCUUUGCAGGCGCUUCAAGAAAUAUCAAGCCAAUACUUAUCUGCUCAGACACCUGAGCAAAGCGGCUUCUCGUCAACACUACUGAGUGAAGCUGUCUCAAAUGUUCCAAAGAUAUAUGAGGACUUGAAUGGCUUCCUUGACAAGAUCAACGCGAGUGCCGCCAAAGAUGACGAUAAGUACUCAUUCUUCCGAGAGGAGCAUGAAGCGGAGGACAUCAACGAUCUGAAGCUCAGCAUUGCGUCGGUAGAAGAUGACCUCAACACACACCGCAAAGAGGCAGCAGCAAAGCUUGGGAAGAGCAAGGUGGACUACGUCACCGUUGCGGGUAUUGAGUACCUGAUUGAAGUCAAGAGGAAAUCAGCCGAGGAGAAGAAAGUCCCUGCAUCAUGGCAGCAAAUCUCCGCUACCAAGACUACUCUUCGCUUCCACACUCCAGAAGUCAAGCGUAUGCUCCAAGAGCGGGAUCAGUACAAAGAGUCACUUGCCGCCGCGUGUGAUAGAGCCUACAUGCGUCUACUGGAGGAGAUCUCAUCCAAGUACCAGCAACUGCGAGAUUGCAUAGCUUCUUUAGCUACGCUUGACGCUCUUCUGUCUCUCGCUACCCUAGCAAAUCAGCCAGGCUACGUAAAGCCCACUUUCACAGACGAUAUUCAAAUCAACAUCACCGGCGGUCGACAUCCAAUGGUUGAGCAGCUACUUCUCGAUAGCUACGUGCCAAAUGAUCUCUCAUUAUCGCACGACUCGACUCGUGCCCUUCUCGUAACAGGUCCUAACAUGGGCGGAAAAUCCUCUUUCGUACGCUCUGCCGCUCUGAUCACCAUCAUGGGACAAAUCGGGUCCUACGUUCCAGCCAGCGAGGCACGUCUAGGAAUGCUAGACGCAGUGUUUACUCGCAUGGGCGCAUUCGACAACAUGCUUAAAGGCGAGUCGACAUUCAUGGUCGAACUUAACGAAACAUCCGAUAUCCUCAAAUCCGCAACCCCGCGCUCACUCGUUAUCCUCGACGAGCUUGGUCGCGGCACUUCGACCUUCGACGGUGUUGCCAUAGCCGAAGCAGUGCUCGACUACGUCAUUCGUGACUUGCAGUCUCUGACGCUAUUCAUCACGCACUACCAGCACCUUGCCAAGGUGCCGUCGCGAUUUCCUGAUGGCCAGUUGAAGAAUGUGCACAUGCGGUUUGAAGAACAGAAUGGUGGAAGGGAAGUGGUGUUUUUGUACGAAGCAACAGAAGGUAUUAGUCAUCGGUCAUACGGACUCAAUGUCGCUCGGUUGGCGAGAGUGCCCGAUAAGGUUAUUGAUGUGGCGGAGGUGAAGAGCGCAGAGUUGGAGCAGAGCAUGGAGGUUCACAAGCUGGCAAAUCUAUCGCGCAUGAUGAAAGGUCUGUUGAGUGAUGAUUCGGAAGCAAUGCUUGACAAGUUUGUUGAGGGAAUCGAGCAGUUGUAA